AUGUGCGGAGUUACUCUCCUGACCGAUUGGGAACGUCGGCGGCUAGCCAUCACAAGAGUUGGUUUUCAUUCAAUCCAUCGGAGCAAUCUGGCCGAAAAGGAGCAGAUGGAUGCCACCAACAUUACAGAAAGUGUUUUGAAAAACAGGAAUGCUGGCCGUCCGUUUAUAACUGAGCUGACCAAGCUCGUCAACCAGCUGAUCUCGGCAAACUACCUGGUAACGCAACCCGCCCAAGCUAGACUA